GAGAGGCGGGCGCGGGGGUGGGGGGGGCGGUGCUGGAGGUUUCUAGAAGGGGUAGGUUUUUUUCUCGUCUCGUCUCGCGGGUCCAUGCGGAGCUAGCGUUGGGGCCGCUUGAGCUGAGCACGUCCCGAGCCAUUUCCCUUGCGCCCGCCUCCUCUUCGUCCUCCGCCGCCGCCGCUCCGCAGUCAUGUCGGCCGUGAAGGCGCUGAACCCCAAAGCCGAGGUGGCCCGGGCCCAGGCGGCGCUGGCCGUGAACAUCAGCGCGGCCCGGGGGCUGCAGGACGUGCUGAGGACCAACCUGGGGCCCAAGGGCACCAUGAAGAUGCUUGUUUCCGGGGCAGGAGACAUCAAGCUCACCAAGGAUGGCAACGUGCUGCUGCACGAGAUGCAAAUUCAACACCCAACAGCCUCCUUGAUAGCAAAAGUAGCUACAGCCCAAGAUGACAUUACUGGUGACGGCACCACUUCAAAUGUUCUCAUCAUUGGGGAGCUGCUGAAGCAAGCUGAUCUCUACAUCUCUGAAGGUCUGCACCCUCGAAUCAUAACGGAAGGGUUUGAAGCUGCCAAGAACAAGGCCCUUGAAGUCUUGGAUCAAAUCAAAAUAAGCAAAGAAAUAGAUAGAGAAAUACUCAUUGAUGUGGCCCGAACAUCCCUGCGCACCAAAGUCAAUGCUGAUCUGGCCGAUGUGCUGACAGAGGCUGUGGUAGAUUCAGUUUUGGCCAUCAGAAAACCAGGUGAACCUGUUGAUCUUUUCAUGGUAGAGAUCAUGGAGAUGAAGCAUAAAUCAGAUACUGAUACAACAUUGAUCAGAGGACUGGUUUUGGACCAUGGUGCCCGACAUCCUGAUAUGAAGAAAAGAGUAGAAGAUGCUUACAUCCUUACCUGCAAUGUAUCAUUAGAAUAUGAAAAAACAGAAGUGAAUUCUGGAUUCUUUUACAAAAGUGCGGAGGAAAGAGAGAAGCUGGUAAAAGCAGAAAGAAAAUUCAUUGAAGAUAGAGUAAAGAAAAUAGUAGAACUGAAAAGAAAAGUGUGUGGUGAUUCAGACAAAGGAUUUAUUGUUAUUAAUCAAAAGGGAAUUGACCCAUUUUCUUUAGAUGCUCUCGCAAAAGAAGGUAUAGUGGCCCUCCGCAGAGCAAAGAGAAGAAAUAUGGAGAGGUUGACUCUUGCAUGUGGUGGGAUGGCUAUGAAUUCUCUAGAUGACUUGAAUUCUGAUUGUUUGGGACAUGCAGGGCUUGUCUAUGAAUACACACUGGGGGAAGAAAAGUUCACCUUUAUUGAGAAAUGCGGCAACCCUCGAUCUGUCACUUUGUUGAUCAAAGGACCAAAUAAGCACACGAUUACACAGAUCAAGGAUGCAGUGCGGGAUGGUCUGCGAGCCGUUAAGAACGCUAUUGAAGAUGGCUGUGUGGUUCCUGGUGCUGGCGCAGUGGAAGUAGCCGUAGCUGAAGCUCUCAUUAAACAUAAGCCCAAUGUCAAGGGAAGGGCCCGUCUUGGAGUCCAAGCUUUUGCUGAUGCACUGCUCAUUAUUCCCAAGGUUCUUGCUCAGAACUCUGGUUUUGACCUUCAGGAAACACUAGUUAAGAUACAGGCUGAACAUUCAGAAUCAGGACAACUUGUUGGUGUUGAUUUAAAGACAGGUGAGCCGGUUAUUGCGGCCGAAGCUGGCAUCUGGGAUAACUAUUGUGUCAAGAAGCAGCUGCUUCACUCAUGCACUGUAAUUGCCACCAACAUCCUCCUGGUUGAUGAGAUCAUGCGAGCUGGAAUGUCGUCUCUGAAAGGUUGAUGUGAAGGUUUCCAUUGCGAUGAGCUGAAUCAUGAAGGCCCUACACAAAGAACCACAAAGUAUGUCUGGCGGCGGAGUUUUCCUUCCCAGCCGCCAAAGGAUUUUCCAAAGAAUAAUUGUUUUUCUUACUGUUGCAGUGAAACUGGUCUCUAAAACGGAAAUGAUUGGCCCCUGUUCUUCAAAUGUAAGGUCCUGAAAUUGAUUCCAGUAUUUAUUUUUUUUUUUAAUUGCACUGAGACCUAUAAUUAAAGCUGCAGUCCUUUUCACCCAAUCGAUGAUCGUCCUGCCUGGCUUCGUGUCUCUUGUAGUAGCUGGCGUGCAGCUUAGCCCCUGCUUGUUUCUUCGUUGUGUUCCGUAGAGUAGUGCUUGAUUUUCCAGAGUCUGUGACUUACCUGGUGGCUUCAUUCCGUCUAAAUCUAGACACAAAGAGGGCAGGAAGGUUCCACAAAAUUCCGAUGAAUUCUACCUUCUGUGACCUCUUCUCUGUUCUAGUGCAAGCCCUGAGGCAUAAAAGCUUUUGUUGAAAGUAAA